AUGGUUGGCGAUCACAAGCAACUGUCGCCUCCAGCCUUCACCGAUGAAGGCAAGGGGAUGUGGGGAGAAUCUGCGUUCGAGCGGAUAGUCAAGAAAGACUAUCCGAAGACCCUGCUCAACGUCCAGUACCGCUCCCAUGAAAUACUUUACCGUCCAACAUCGGAGAUCUUCUACGAGAACGCAGUCCGGAGUGAUCGAGUUCGGCCCCAGCUGAAUGGUGUACUACUGCACAACGGUGGAUUCGAGAUCGCCCACAUGCGGAAAACGUGGGCUAUCCAGAGCGAAGUUGCUUUCCUGCACUAUCGUGGCGAGACGAUCCUCGAUGAUUCCCACUCCAUCAUGAAUCCAGGGGAGCAAUCCUUUAUGGGGACGAAGUCCUAA